GGGUGGGUGGGGCUUCUUAAAAAUACCUGCAGUACAAAAACGAAGGACACGAGUUCCGCAUGUAGUUGUAGCACAUGACAAGAAAAUGCCGAGCACUCUUCAUGAUGUUUGACUUUCAGUAUUCGUAAGCUUGCGAUUUCAUUACAGUAGUUCGGGAUUUACUUGUUUUUUUCCUCCCUGACAGCAACGAGAUACGUCUACAGCUAGUGGUGUGUGACUGUUUCAUAACCUCUCUGUGCAUCUUCAGGACGUUAAAACGUGUCAGUUGGAAAUGGGCGAAUUUUGCAGCACUCUGUCUACAAGCUGAAUUGUAGCGUGGCGCAGGGUUGUUGUUUUUUUAACGCACAGUUCGUGCUCAUUUGUGUGUGUGUGUGUGUGUGUGUGUACACAAGUCCAACAGGCGACUAAGCAUUUCCUCUUUGAAGUUUCACCGCCAAGUGCGUUCUGCUACAGUUAGGAAUCCCAGUCCCACCUACCAUGGCAUCUACAAUCGAGAGGAAGACCUUGGAAGUUAACGAAGAACUAGUGGAUGAGGUCCUCCAGGUUCCUCCAUCAAUGCUAAUGUGUGGUGGUUGUCACCAAAGUAUUGGAGACCGCUUUUUCUUGAAGGCCAUAGAGCAGUACUGGCAUGAGGACUGCCUGAGUUGUGACCUUUGUGGCUGCCGGCUGGGUGAAGUUGGCAGAAGAUUGUACUACAAGCUCGGUAGGAAGCUGUGUCGAAGAGAUUACCUAAGACUGUUUGGUCAGGAUGGGCUGUGUGCUUCCUGUGAGAAGAGGAUCCGGGCAUUUGAAAUGACAAUGCGGGUCCGUGACAAAGUCUACCACCUUGAGUGUUUCAAAUGUGCUGCCUGUCAGAAGCACUUCUGUGUGGGUGACCGCUACCUGCUUAUCAACACAGACAUUGUGUGUGAGCAGGACAUUUUUGAGUGGACCAAACUCAACAGUAACUUACGGUAAUUUGUAAUUCUACGAUGUAAAUCUACAAAUACUACUUUAAAUUACAGCAACAUAACUAGCCAAGUGCAGUUCUAUUUUUUGUUUCAGUUUUUUUUUUUUUUGUUGGUUUCUUUUGUUUUUUUUAGCUCACUAGCACAUAAUCAAGAUUUCUUUUCCCUUGGGAAAGCUGAAGACAUUUUUUGAAAUGUAUGAGGGCAAUAACAGCUGUUUAUUUUUUUAGAUAGUCAUACACACUGUUAAGACAAUAAAAAUGUUGCUUAUUGUAGAUUCACAUUUGCUAUAGAUACUGUAUGUGGAUACAUUUUAUAGAAUUUCUUUUUGAUACCUCUAAACAGGAUGCCAGUGACCUUUGAUUGAUUGAUUUUAUUUAAAACCUGAAUGCACCAGAACUGUUGGUGCCUCUCUAGACUUGCUUCUAUCAGACCAUUUUAGGUGCCUUUUGGAUAGUUCUUAUGCACAAUCUACGAUUGUUGAAAAUGCACUCUUAGCAUAGUCACCAGCAUAGUUAUUUCACAUUGGCUGAACAGCUGACUCCUGCUGCUCCACAAUACACAUAUUAAUGAGUAUCAAAUGUUUAUUCAUGUUAUAAUGUUUUUGUUACAUUUAUAACUGCUGUAAUUUCUGUUGGCAUUGAUGUUAAGAGGAUAUACCAGGAUUUAAAGAAUCUCUGGUGGAUUUAUUUUGUUGUGAAAGCUUCUAAUUUUGCAGUUACUUCAUUUUAUUAUAUUUAUUUAGAGGUCCUUUUUCAGCAUGAUUCAUUUGAAUUUAGAACUUGGUCAUCAUUAAGCCAUCUAAAAUAUUUUUUUGUAGCCCUGUCUGCUUUUUUAUUGAUAUUUUACUGCAUUAUGUCUUAUAUCUUACACAAAGAACUGUCAAGUGAUUUAAGAUAUUUUAAUUCCCUUUAAUCCAUUGUACAAACUGUAGAACAAUGCUUAUUUUACAAAAGGUGUAUAGGAAAAUGGGCGUAACUGGUAAACCUGCUACAGUGACAACAGUAUUAUACUUUGUUAAAUAAUAGGUUUAACAAUUCUGCAAAUCAAAUUUGUAAAAAAAUCGUAUCAGAUUUGACACAUUCAUUUGACUACUGUUUAUUGUGUUAUUUUGUUUAUAAAUGUAUUGUGCCAUUUAAAUAAAAGAACAUUUGCUGACA